AUGACGUCCCAAUUCGCCUUCCGAGGAUCGCCCCCGAACCAGAGCACCAUAUCGACAGCCUCCAACAGUCCGCCGCCGGCGCAGGCGGGGAUGAGCGGAGGUGCGGGCGGUGCGAGUGGACCGGCGCGUCCGACCUCGCCGGCCGCCUCCGCGCCGCGAUGCUGUGAUACCGGCCGACCUAUUUUCCAAGACCCUAUCACAGGGCAGACAGUCUGUUCGUGCCAGUACGAAUUCCUCAACUACCAGCGGCUGGCAACCGGCGUGCCGCUGUCGAUGUACAGUGCGCCCUACUCGGACGCCGCCGCCGCAACCGCUGCUGGCAUGGCCGCGUACUUCCCAGCCCUCGCCGCUGAUCAGCCACCUUUCUAUACAAAUGCAGCUGCAGGAAUCGAGCUGAAAGAGAAUUUAGCGGCGAGUGCAGCCAGCUGGCCGUAUCCCACAGUGUAUCACCCCUACGAUGCGGCGUUCGCUGGAUACCCUUUCAAUGGAUAUGGCAUGGACCUUAACGGAGCGAGAAGAAAAAAUGCAACACGUGAAACGACCAGUACACUCAAGGCUUGGCUUAACGAGCACAAAAAGAAUCCUUACCCGACGAAAGGCGAGAAGAUAAUGCUAGCAAUAAUAACAAAGAUGACUCUGACGCAAGUUUCCACUUGGUUCGCAAAUGCGCGUCGCCGUCUGAAAAAGGAGAAUAAGAUGACAUGGGAGCCGAGGAACCGAGUCGAUGACGACGACAAUAACAAUGACGAUGACGAUCAUAAAAGCAAUGACGGAAAAGACGCACUUGAUGGUAAAGAUUCGGGUACGGGUUCAAGCGAGGACGGAGACAGGCCCCAACAAAGGUUGGAUUUAUUGGGACAAAGAACUGAAUCAGAAUGGUCAGAAUCACGUGCCGAUAGUGGACCAGAGUCACCGGAGCCUUAUGAAAGGCCGAUACACCCGGCAUACCAACAUCUGCCUUCCCGAGCACCACCUGGUAGCACACCAGCUUCGGCGAAACCAAGAAUUUGGUCCCUAGCUGAUAUGGCGAGUAAGGAAGGGGAGGCGCCGACACCACCACCGUCAGCGUCUGCGUUCUAUCAAUCGGCAGCUGCAGCGGCCGCCGCUCGCCUUGCGCAUCCUUACGGCAGGCCUGAAUUAUACAGAGGCCUGUAUCCUCCCACUCAUCCUGCGGAUGUGGCUCUCCUGGAGUACUCGCGGUCACUGGCCCUGGCGGCUCCGGCGCCUGCGCCCCCUGCCCCCUCCCCGUCCUCAUCCUCGACCUCCUCGCUGGCCGAGCCGCCGCCUCCGUCCCGCGCCUGA